UUUAAGAAGAUUUUAAAAAGAUUUUGUUAGAACAUUUUAAAUAUAUUCAUUUGUAUUUCAAAUAAAAAGAUAAAGAUAUUAAAAUAUAUAAUAAUAAACUUAUGUAAAAUAUGAUAUUUUCUAGGAAUGGUCCAAACUAAAAAAAUCACACAUGAAAAGAAGUCAUGACUUCUAUUUUAAUAUAUAAGAUUAGAGAACAAGCAAUAGAGAGAGAGGGCAUUAUUUAUUCAACAGCGGUGGCGGGUGAGGAUACAGUAAUUAAGACUGACCCAAACCGGUGGUUUGAACAUUGAAUUUGCUAAUUCGAAUUUUCCGAUUUGGAGCGGUACUUUUUUAAGUGUACGCAAAAAAAAGGGAAAACAAUAAUUUAACCACAAGUUUUGGAAGAAUUUUGUGUGAUACUUUCCAACUUUGUGAGUGUUCCAAAGAAAUAACUUUCUAAAUUUGUGUUAUUUUUAUUUCCCUUACCAUUAAUCUAAAUCUGCAAAUUUCACAAGUUUCACAUAAUUUUUCUAUUUAAUUAUGGCACAUUAUCUAUUAGCAUCUACGGCAAAAAGGAAACAAAAUCUGUGAAUAUGUACAUAUUUAAUUCAUGAGACAAAAAAUGGAAACUUUUAAGUCGGUCGACCUUAUAUAAAUCCUCAUAAGUUGUCCCGCUUUUUUCUUGACCCUAUCAAAAAAUAAGUUAGAAGAAGAAAGAUGGUUGCAUACAUCAAAAAUAACUUCUUUUUAGUUUUUAUGAUUGUUUUACUUUUUGUUGUUCCAUCAUAUGCAAGACUUAGUAUGAUGGUUACAAAAGGUGAGAUCGAGUCCAUAUGCAAUAAAAAGUAUGUCGAUUCUACACUCUGUUUUGAGGUUCUAAAACCAAACCCUACGAUUGCAAAGUUGGAUUUUACUGGUCUCGCCAACUUUUUGAUCAAUUAUACGUCUCGAAACGUUUCGGAUGUAUUGAAGGAAGUAAAGUUGUAUGAAGGCAACACGACGGAUUUGCAGACAAUCAAACUAUGUGAAGAGAUGUAUGACCUUUCUCUUUUUUGGGAUGAUCAUGCUCUGAAAGAUUUGGCAGCCAAGGAUUACGACGGCGUAAACAGUAACGUCGGAGGUACAUUGGAAAAUAUGGUUACGUGCAAUGAGGAAUUGUCAACAAUGAAGCCGGUGCCACAAUCCUUGAUCGCAAAGAAUAAUGUUAUAAAAAAUCUAUCUGGUAUUGUUUUAACUAUUCUCGAAUGUUUCAUAAGAAAAGGUAGUAGAUUAUGUAGUCAUUAGCCUAACUAAUUUGUUUGGUCUUUUUCUACAAGUCUUUUCAUUCAAAUUGUUUUUCUUAGCUUGUUAUGCUUUAAUCAUUAUUUAUUUAUUAUUUAUAUUAAUAAAAUAGUUUUAAGUGACAAUUCCAUUUUUUUAAUAUUUAAAUCAGCAUUAAUAUCAAUGACGGUCAAAAUCAAAACCAAACCGGUGAUUUGAACAUCUCCCUCCCAUCAUCGAACCCACCAAAAGAUUCAACUCAUUUUUUUAGCUAAAUCGAAAGCAGCCGUGGCGGGUGAGGAUAUAGUAAUUAAGACCGACCCAAACCGGUGGUUUGAACAUUGAAUUGGCUAAUUCGAAUUUUCCGAAUUGGACCGGGUCUUUUUUUAAGUUUACGCAAAAAAGGGGAAAGCAAACUUAAUUUAACCACAAGUGUACGAAGAAUUUUGCGUGAUACUUUCCAAAUUUGUGUUAUUUUUAUUUCCCUUAACAUUAAUGUAAAUCUGCAAAUUUUCAAAAGUUUCACAUUAUCUAGUAGCAUCUACCGCAACAAAGGAAAGAAAAUCUGUGAAUAUAUAUAUUUAAUUCGUUUCACCAAAAAAUGGAAAUUUUUAAGUCGGUCGACCUUAUAUAAAUCCUCAUAAGUUGUCCCACUUUAUUCUUGACCCUAUAAAAAAAAGGUUAAAAGAAGAAAGAUGGUUGCAUACAUCAAAAGUAACGUUUUUUUGGUUUUUAUGAUUGUUUUGCAUCUUAUUGUUUCAUCAUAUGCAAGACUUGGUAUGAUGGUUACAGAAGGUGAGAUCGAGUCCAUAUGCAAUAAAAAAGAUGUCGAUUCUACACUCUGUUUUGAGGUUCUAAAACCAAACCCUACGAUUGCAAAGUUGGAUUUUACUGGUCUCGCCAACUUUAUGAUCAAUUAUACGUCUCGAAACGUUUCGGAUGUAUUGAAGGAAAUAAAGUUGUAUGAAGGCAACACGACGGAUUUACAGACAAUCAAAUUAUGCGAAGAGAUGUAUAACCUUUCUCUUAUUUGGGAUGAUCAUGCUCUGAAAGCUUUGGGAGCCAAGGAUUACGACAGCGUAAACUUUAAUGUCGGAGGUACAUUGGGCAACAUGAUUACGUGCAAUGAGGAAUUAUCAACAAUGGAGCCAGUACCACAAUCCUUGAUCGCAAAGAAUACUGUUAUAAAAAAUCUGUCUAAUAUUGUUUUAACGAUUCUGGAAUGUUUCAUAAGAAAGGGAAGCAUCUAUUGUAGUCAUUAGCCCAACUAAUGAAGUUGUUUGGUUUUUAAGUUUUUUUUUCAUUCAAGUUGUUUUUCUUAGCUUGUUAUGCUUUAAUCUUUAUUUAUCUACUAGGUUAAGAAUAUUAUAUAUAAAUUAUUUUCAAGUAUUAUAUAUUUUUUACAUAUUAUGAAAUAAUAAAUUUAUAUUGAAUAAUUAAAAAUUUAGUAACUAUUACGUAUAUAAUUAAAUUGGUACAAAUACUUAAAUAGAUUUUAUUAAUCCAACCAAACAUUUUUUUCUAUUUUAUAUGGCAUAAAAUUAA